UCGACAAACUUUUACAAAACCCAGCCAAGUGUUUAAAGAAGCAACUGCAAAAUGUGCAAGUGUCUAGCCGGAAAUGUGGCCUGCUGCUGCUUCAACUGUGCCCUAAGUGUGCUUAUUUCAAUCAUCAGUACCUUCUUGGUGGUCAUCAUAGUGGUCGGUUUGGCCGUCUACUUUAUUUAUUACUACGAGAAGGAGGACGAUGUCACCAAGCUCACGAACAAAGUAACCGACAACAUCCAGUCUGGAUUUGAUAAAUAAAAGAUGCCCUAAGCAAAUAAGAAAAACUAAUACGAUAAGUUUACAUCCAUAAAUGUUCCAAGCUAUGCAUGAUUCCAUCGAUCCAGAUUAAAUGCCACCAAUUUACAUAAACAAACACCGCCGGAGCCUUGAAGAGGACGAUAAUUGUUACAACUUUUCCAGUACAAGUACAAAUAAAAUGUUACAACACCCUCUUAAUUCUAAAUAUUAAUGUGAAUCUCCAACUAAAACAGAAUGUUCCAACGCAAAACAAUUUUACAAUUAAACUAUUUAUGAUAUUUAAAUACAAAACAUACAACUUUAAAUUCUGCCAAGGUUUUGU